CAUGUCCUGGGGGCUAGGCCUCCCCACAGUGUGGCUCUGGAAGCCUCCUCGGCGAUCUGCUGUUUAGACAUGAACAGACCUAGUGUGCAGUGUGGCACUACUAAGGAGAGCUGAGCCCACCAGGGCCUCCUCAGGACACCAUGCCAUGGCCAGACAGCACUGGACAGCCGCAAGGCCACCUUGAGAGGCUCAUAGCCUGAGGGCAGGGUCACAGUGGCAGUGGCGGUACAACCGAUGCCACCAUGGUCGUGCCCGCUGUGCAGAGGGGAAGAUGAGGCCCGAGGGGGAGGGGCAUAUUCAAGGACGCAGGGCAUAGCCACACCCAGAGCACCGGCUCCUGGGAACCUGCGGGUGCAGGUGCGCGGUUCGGGGCUCCUGUCCUUGUGGCUCACCGGGGCGUUUGCAUGUUCCUGGGGUCGCUCCACUUCAAACCUGCUGGGCAAGAAAGACUUCCAAGGAAUCCCUCCAGCCCUGUGUGGGCCUCUGCAGGCCAACCCCAGCCCCCAGAAGGGAACCAGGGGCUCGCCGGCCACCCUCAGCAUCCUCGACAGACAGACAGCGUCAGGGAGUCCUGGUCCAACUCCGACGGAGCCUGUGAGCUUGGCUUUGAGGAUGGAGUCAGACGAGACACCCUCGCCUCUUCCAGGACCCAUCACUGCCCUGGGGAUGCCGGACACUGGGCCUGACAGCACCUCCCUGGGGAAACUCCGAGGGCUCCCCAUCGGGCCCCGGGCCCAUUGCAGGGACCCUCGUAGCCCGGCUGCAGCAGGGGGUGGCUCCCUAGACACCGGCUCUGCGGGGGAGCUGAGCAGUGGCACGAAGAUCCCUAACCGGGACAGCGGAAUCGACAGCCCCUCCUCCAGCGUGGCCGGGGAGAACUUCUCCUGCGAGGAGGCUGGCGAGGCCGGCUCAGGCCCCGGAGUGCUGGGGCUGCACCCUGAGAUAGCCCUGCACAGCCAGGUCCCACAGGGCACCCCCCAGGAGGAGGCCAACCCUGAAAACUCUCCCCUGAGGGCUGACAAGGAUGCCAGCCUGGCCCAGCGCUCUGACCCCCAGAAGCUGCUCCACAUUGCCCAGGAGCUCCUGCACACCGAGGAGACCUACGUGAAGCGGCUGCACCUGCUGGACCAGGUUUUCUGCACCCGGCUGACUGAAGCAGGGAUCCCUCCGGAAGUCACCACGGGCAUCUUCUCCAACAUCUCCUCCAUCCACCGUUUCCAUGGGCAGUUCCUGCUGCCUGAGCUGCAGACUCGGAUCACAGAGGAGUGGGACAGGAACCCCCGGGUAGGGGACAUCCUGCAGAAGCUGGCCCCAUUCCUGAAGAUGUACGGCGAGUAUGUCAAGAACUUCGACCGGGCCGUGGGGCUGGUGAGCACUUGGACCCAGCGCUCCCCACUGUUUAAAGACAUUGUCCACGGCAUCCAGCAGGAGGACGUGUGCGGGAACCUCACGCUGCAGCACCACAGCGUGAGCCCGUGCAGGGUCCCCCGGUACGAGCUGCUGCUGAAAUAUCUGAAGGGAGGCUCGGGGGACGCCCCAGACCGGAAGGAUGCGGAGCGUCGACUAACCCUGAAUCUUGCCGGCAGGGUCCUGGAGCUCAUCUCCACUGCCGCCAACCACUCCAACGCGGCCUUCCUCGGAAAAGUUGAGAAAAUGCACAAGCUCUUGGAGGUGUACGAGCAGCUGGGUGGGGAGGAGGACAUUGUCAACCCGGCCAAUGAGCUGAUCAAGGAGGGUCAUAUCCAGAAGCUGUCGGCCAAGAAUGGCACCACCCAGGACCGCCACCUCUUCCUGUUCAACAGCAUGAUCCUUUACUGCGUGCCCAAACUGCGGCUCAUGGGCCAGAAGUUCAGUGUCCGGGAGAAGAUGGACAUUUCAGGCCUCCAGGUGCAGGAUAUCAUCAAGCCAAAUGCAGCACAUACAUUCAUCCUAACAGGAAGAAAAAGGUCGCUGGAGCUGCAGACUCGGACGGAAGAAGAGAAGAAAGAAUGGAUUCAGAUCAUCCAGGCCACCAUCGAGAAGCACAAGCAGAACAGCCAGACCUUCAAGGCUUUCGGCAGCACCUUCAGCCAGGACGAGGACCCCAGCCCUCCUCUAGACAUGCCCGUGAGUAGCACCAGCUCCGGGGAGCCUGCGGUGACGGCCGAAGGCAGCGGGGCCGCGACAGGGCUCGAGCCCAGAAAACUAUCCUCCAAGACCAGGCGUGACAAGGAGAAGCAGAGCUGCAAGAGCUGCGCCGAGACCUUCAACUCCAUCACCAAGAGGAGGCACCACUGCAAGCUGUGCGGGGCGGUCAUCUGUGGGAAGUGCUCCGAGUUCAAGGCUGAGAACUGCAGGCAGAGCCGUGUCUGCAGAGAGUGUUUCCUCACACAGCCGGUGGCCCCCGAGAGCCCCAGCCCUGAGGCUUCAGCCGAGCCCAAGCAGAGCACAGAGAAGCCACCCACUGCAGACGCUUGGCCCAGCCUGCUCUGCGGCCCCCUGCGGCUGCUAGAAAGCAGUGAAGCCUGGAGCGAGGUGUGGGCUGCCAUCCCCACGUCAGCCCCCCACGUGCUGCACCUGCAGGGAGGUAGCCAGGACGGCCGGCUGCCUUGCACCAUCCCUCUCGCCAGCUGCACGGUGAGCGUGCCCGGCCCGGAGGAGAGGCCGGACGCAGGGCACGUGUGGAAGCUGCAGCAGGCCCAGCAGUCCUGGUACCUGAGCGCCCCCUCUGCAGAGCUGCAGCAGCAGUGGCUGGAGGCCCUGAGUGCUGCCAACCAAGGGGACACGGCUCGGGACAGCCCGGGGGCUCUGCAGCCCCAGGCCCCUGCAAGCACAGCUGCUCUGUGAGCUAAGCCUCCCACUGCCUUCACACCGCCACGCUGGGCCUGCGCUCUCCUGGGAGGUGGCUUCGGAGGUCACGUGAAGGGUGCCUGGAACUGCUGAUAGUGGGCUGACAGCCCAGAGCUCAGGGACUUGACCAUGGAGGAUCCCCUCUCUUCAGAGGGGAGGAAACUGAGGCCCAGAGAGAGGCAGCCACUUGCCCAAGGUCACCCAGCAAGUCUCAGGCAGGAGCCCAGCCUCCGGUGCCAGCCCCAGCAGUGUGGCUCAGAGCGGGGGACCGCAGGCCAACUGCCAAAGUCAACAGUAUUCAAGUGGGCUGCAUGGUGACACGGGCCCCCAAAGGCAGAAGGAGGUGACCUGGGCACCGCUCAGGGACAGCAACGUACUGCCCGGUCGACAGACGUCUACAGUGUGGUCCGCCCUGGCCUCUGCCCGUCCAUCUACACUGUGUAAACUGAAUCGUGACUCACUGCCCCGGGCUCCCCGUCCCUUCUCUGCCCCUCUCCUGAGGUCCUGCCUGCAGCCCUCCCGGGGGGGGGGGUGAGUGAUGGACAUGUGCCGUCCCGGCUGGACUCCUGGUUCCUGAAAAACCACACUCAGAAACUCUGCCUGGAGACUCACCCCAGCCACCAUGUGGCCAGUGUGAGAUUUGUGGCUGCCCCUUUGCAGGCAGCAUGCAGUACUUAUCUGCAUAAAUAAAUGCUGCCACCAGCAGGUGGCCACAGCCUUA